AUGCUGAGGACAACACCUUAUAUAUUUUUGCUCUUACUUUGGAUUCCAUGGCAGUGUGGUAAGUUGUUGGGUAAAAAAUGAGAAAAGUUAAGAUACAUUUAAAAAAAAUUGCAGUUCUAAAGGUAUCCUGAAUUCUCAGAGCUUCUACUCUUCGAGCUCUGUAUGACCUACCUUAUUUUUACAGAAGCUGACGACGAUAACCCGGUAACAACUCGUUUCCAUUGUGUACGAAACGGAUGUUGUGAUCAUCAUGAGUGGUGUAGAUUUUGGGCGUCUGUUGGAGAAUGUAAAACAAAUAGCGAAUGGAUGGUUGAUAAUUGUCAACUUGCUUGCAAUACGUGUCCACAUUCAAGGAAUACGCCUGCACCAAGACCUUUGGGAUCAGCAAGGCCUGCAACAUCUGCGCGUUCGAGAAGACCGCAGCCGAAGCCAAGACCGGUAAUUGAGGAGGGGGUUUUUUCGGAAUCUUGAUUUUAAAAACUUCCCUUGAAUGGGAUACGGUAUUUGUACCCUUCUGAAUCGAACAACUUCUAUUUUCAGAUUUUUUUUUCGAAGCAUGACCCAUUUAAAAAAUUUUCGGAAAUGCAGACAUUUCUAACCCCAGGGGAAUUUGUGUUUAAAAAAAAACUUUCCUUCAACGAGAUUUUCCAUUCAAAAAAAUUCUAGGCUCGCCCACAACCAGCCCCAGUAAUUGCAACAACUCUUCCACCAUCUCCACCUCCACCACGAACAACUCGUCCAAACUUCACUCUACAACAAAGGUAAGUUCCAUUUUCAUAUAUGUUACUUAAAUGUUGCUUCUCACGUGUACACAUUUUGUCCAUUCCUCGCAGAAGCGGCACAACACGCAUACCUGUUAUGAAAACCGCACGUCCUGCAAAACUUGUCGAAAAAUCGUCGUUGAAAAAAGUGACACGUAAAUUCUUCUUCUUUUUCACUGGCACAACUUCGUCUCGCCGUUUUGAAACCACAACAUCAAUUCCGACGACAACAUCCACUGAACCUUCAACUACGACCUCAACGCUUCCACCAACAACUUCUACAACUACAACUACACAAGCUCCAACUACAACCACAAUCACAUCUGUACCAUUCCAAUUUAUUCCAUCAUUUUCUGAUGAUACAACUGGUCAACCGCCUAGCUUUGUGCAGUAAGUCCUACACUUUUAUGUUCACUUCACAGCAUUCUGUGUUUAUUUGAGUUUUUCGAUAUUUUCACCGUGUGCCAUUCUAACAAGUUUCAAUUUUCUAUUUCCACAUUCCAGGCGACCUCCAGUUACUCGUCGCCCAAAUGUUUUCCGUCCACGUGUUCGACCACAACCACCUCCAGUCACUCGUCGGCCAUUGCCCCCAAUUUUCUUCACAACAACUCGACGAACUCAACCGCCACCACCUCCAACAACAACACCAUUUACAACGUACCAUUUUUAACAGUUUUGAAUUCAUUUAAUUCUAGGGGGUACUAGGUUCACUAAUCUAUUUUAACAUUGAUACAGACCUGCACCAACGACUCGACCAUUUUUCAAUACGGCACAAAAUCAGAGAUGUCGAGAUAUUAUCAAUGCUCCUGUUGUGGCUGCUGAAGAUAUGUGGAGAGAGCGAUUAGUGGUUUCAGUUGAAGGUUGAGGCUUCCACAUAAGAACAACUAUUUUCACUACAAAUUUCAGACACAUCCCGCCGUCAAACUGUAGAUCUUGAUCAAGUUAUUCGAUCAAACAGUGCUAACGCAUGUACUCCUCGUCUUGAUGAAAGUGAUUGCGAAUCAAACAUGUGUUACAACGCACUUUACCGAACUCUCGAUGGUAGUUGCAACAAUAUCCGUGAUCCUCUUCGCGGCGCUUCUUAUCGCCCAUACACUCGACUUUUGCCAACUGUUUAUGAUAAUGAUUUGAGUGAACCAGUUGGAUCACUUUUCCCCGAUAAACGACCAUCGCCAAGAGAGAUCACUCGAAAACUCACAAGUUCUCACGCAUCAGUCGAAUCUCCGGAUUACAACGCAUUAAUCAUGCAAUUCGGACAAUUUAUCUCUCACGAUAUGGCUAAAACCACACUUGUUCCAUCUGCCAAAUGCAACGUUUGUCAAAAUAUUACAUCGAGAUGUAUGGCGGUUCCAGUCACUUUUGAUGAUGCAAACGCAAAGUAUGUCAACUUGAAAAUAUUUCAAUUCUAAUUUUUGUUUUAAAAUUUCAGCUUCCGUCAAGCUCAAUGUAUUCGUGUAUCGCGUUCUUCUCCAAUUUGCGGAUCCGGAAACUUGAAACCACGUCAACAAUUGAACGAGAACACUGGUUAUAUCGAUGCUUCUCCAAUUUAUGGAUCAUCUAUUCACGACUCGAAAAAAUUCCGAGAUGGCAACACUGGAUUCCUGAAACUCCCAUCAUUCAAUGGAAACUCUUUCCUACCAUUUGAUCAAUCAAAAUGCCGAAAUCGUCGACAAUGUUCGGUUAUUUUCACAGCUGGUGACAGUAGAGUCAACUUAUUUGUCGGGUUAUCCGCGUGGCAUACUAUUUUCACAAAGGAACAUAACAGGUACUGUCAAACAAAUUUUGAUACGAAUCUAACUUUCUGAAACAUUUUCUAGAUUGGUGAACGCAUUCCGAAGAAUGAAUCCUCAUUGGGAUGGCGAAAGAUUAUAUCAAGAAGCUCGUAAAGUAGUCGGUGCUCAAGUUCAAGCAAUAGUUUAUCGUGAAUGGCUUCCAAAAGUUCUUGGAGCAUCGUUUGCUUCAGUCGUUGGAGAUUACCGUGGUUAUGAUCGAGAAGUCGAUGCAACUGUUGCAAACGAGUUUACUUCUGCUGCAUUCCGUUUCGGACAUGGUAUGAUUCAAGAAUUCUAUCAACGUUUAGAUACAUCAUUCCGAAAUAUCACAUUUGGCGCUUUACCAUUCCAAAAGGGAACUCUUCAUUCUGAUGUUCUUGUUAACGAAGGAGGAGUCGAUCCAUUGAUUCGUGGAAUGUUUUCACAAAAUGUCAAGAGACCACAAAGAAUCACAACUACAGUAACUGAAAAUAUGUUUGGAUCAACUGAUCUUUCAUCGAUUAAUAUUCAAAGAGGUCGUGAUCACGGACAUCCAGCAUAUGUGAAAUACAGAGAAUUGUGUGGAAUGGGUUCGGCGAACAAUUUUGAACAUGUAAGUUUGAGAAAUAGAGGAUUUUGGAAAAAAAAACUUUUUUUCAGUUCUCCCGCGAGAUUUUAAACACCGGCACUCGCAACAAACUUCGAGAAAUCUACGGAUCUGUGGAUAAAGUCGAUCUUUGGGUUGGCGCCCUUCUCGAAGAUCCAAUUAUUCGUGGACUUGUCGGUCCAACUGUUGCCUGUAUAAUCGGCCCACAAUUCAAACGAACUCGUGAUGGCGAUCGUUUCUAUUAUGAGAAUCAAGGAGUCUUUUCUCGACGACAACUGGUCGAAAUUCGAAAGAGUUCUUUGAGUCGAAUUAUUUGUGAUAACACAAAUACAAUCACGGUAAACUUUAAAAGUUUUUCAAAAAAAAAAUAUCUGAAUUUCAGACAAUUCCACGUGAAGCUUUCCGCGUUGGUCACAUGGUUCCAUGCAAUCAAAUUCCAUCGAUGGAUCUUAAUCAAUGGCGCGAUUUUUAA